AUGGCGGCAAGUUCAUCAGAAGCUUCCAAGUCUGACAAGACUAAAAAGGCAUUACUCGCCUCCAGAAGUGUUAAGAAGUCAACUACGGUUAAGAAGGUCAAAACCAGAAGGAAUACCCACUUCUUUAGAGGACGAACUCUCUCCCUUAAGAGAACACCCAAGUUUGAAAAGAGAGUGAAAACAGCAUAUACGAAAAAAUUGGACAAGUUCUCAAUAGUGAGGUACCCCUUGACAACCGAGUCAGCAAUGAAGAUGAUCGAGGAACUAAACACACUGGUUUUCGUAGUAGACCCCAGAGCAAACAAAGCUAAGGUCGCAAAGGCAGUUUCCCAAUUAUAUGAUAUAACUCCAGUCCACGUUAACACGCUUAUCAGGCCCGAUGGUCAGAAAAAGGCCUUCGUGAGAUUAUCAGCAGACCAGGAUGCACUUGAUGUUGCUAACAAAAUUGGAAUAAUUUAA